UCAAACCAUAAAUAAUUUAGUAAAUCAGAUGUGAACUAUGCUAUUUUUGUGAGUCUUAUUAUUGCCAAAUAAGAUAACUCCCGAUACUAAAGGAUGUCCUUACAUUAAUUAAAGCAUGCCUCGCCCUUUAAAAACCAAGUUAUUAUCUCUAGUUUUGACCAAUCUCCAAUUUCAGUGCAACAUCAAAAACCAAAAGGAAUUCAUUGUUAAUUUUUCAUACACAAAGCAUAGUUUAUUACAAUGGCUGAGGAUCCACAAGAUGUAGCUGACCGAGAGCGUAUUUUCAAGCGCUUUGAUGCCAAUGGCGAUGGCCAAAUCUCUUCGGCAGAGCUUGGCGAAGCACUAAAAACACUUGGAUCAGUGACUGUAGAUGAAGUGACAAGAAUGAUGGAGGAGAUUGAUACUGAUGGAGACGGAUUCAUUUCGUAUGAGGAGUUCACGGAAUUUGCAAAGGCCAACCGUGGUCUAGUCAAAGAUGUCGCCAAGAUUUUUUAAGUUUUUUUCACACCUUCGACCUACCUUUGUUGGUUAAUUUCAUUAGAAUUUUUUUAAGAAAAAAGGUCAUUAUGUUUGUGUAUGAUUUCUAUAUACAUUAUGACAUUGAUAUGUUCAUUAAUUUCAUAAUGUUACACUCUUGGAUAUUUGUCAAGUUAGAAAUAUUUUAAUAGAUGUAUGAUUUUCUAUUGUGAUUGCUUUCAAUUUUUACAUGUUAAUUUGGUUUGAG